AUGGGAUUGGACAAAGGGAAGAAGCAGAAAUUGGGAGAAGUGAAGGAAGAAAACAAUGGGAAGAGCAUAUUGAUGGAGAGCUCGUUAUCACCAUUGAAAAUCUCCAAGAAAUACAAGAUGAGCUUGAAAAGCCCAAUUGUUGUAUUAGAGGAUGUUGAUCUAGACAAAGCUGCUGAGUGGUCUCUUUUUGGUUGCUUUUGGACAAAUGGUCAGAUUUGUAGUGCCACUUCUCGACUUUUUGUGCACGAAAACAUUGUAGCAGAAUUCUUGGACAAGCUUGUAAAGUGGUGCAAAGAACAUCAAAAUUUCAGACCCCUUGGUGGAAGGUUGCAGGCUUGGUCCUGUGGUAAGCAGUGGACAGUACGAGAAAGUAAUGAAGUUCAUCUCAACAACGAAGGAUGA